GAUGAAUUCGAAAUACUUGAUUACUAGUCUACACAGAAGUUUGUGUUAUUUGUCGUAUUGCUUGAUUCAGCUAAUUAUUUCUACGAUGCUGCUCAUUUACGUAAGAUGGUUGAAUGUCAAAAUUAGGUCAUUUUGGAUCGACACAAAGUUUGGACAAACCUCCCGUUCUCAUUUGUGAGGGACUGUUGACUUUCACAAUUUGCGCAGAUCUGGCACUCAAGGUAUUAAUGGAAGGAAGAGAAUUCUUCACAACAGCCUGGAAUGUUUUAGAUUUUUGCGCAUUUUUAUCAAUCAUCUUGUUAUAUUACGAUGAGAUUUUUGGAAUUUCCCUUAUGUCUAUGCGUUACUUGUCACUAACAGUGAGGAUGGUAGUCCUUUUCAAAUAGUCCUAUUUUGUAUAGAUGAUGCAACAGCAAAGAGACAUUUUAAUUUUUAAAAGAUCCAAAAAUCAUGAUCUCAGUAUCUUGGAUAUAAGUUCUGAGAUAUUGAAUGACUCGUAAUUUGUUGAAACUAUGAAACUUGUUAGUGAAUGAUAUUAUAAAAAUAAUCAAUUUUAUUUCAUUUUUAAA